AUGCUGGCACUGGGCAGGCAACUGGGGCAGCUUGGACAGCUCGGCCGUUCGCUGCAGCCCGAGCGUGCGCUGCCGCUGCUCCUGAGCACCCUCCAGCAGCUGCGGCAGGCGCAGGAAGACAGGCCAUAUAGCUCCGCGCGGCGGCAGGCCGCCGCUGCCGCAGAAGUGACAGGCGGCAGCGCCCUCACCGACGAGCCGGAGCCGGUGCUGCGUGUGCCCGACCUGAGCACGAUCAGCGCACUGAACCCGCGGCUGCAUGAAAUCAUUCUGCAGCACCAGGCCCUGCAAAAGAGUGCCAGCGCGGUGGACACAAUGUUGGCCGCCCUGCAGGCCGCCAGCCCAGCCAUCAAGCAGCCGCAGCGCCUGAACAAAACCGCCUUCCGGGCGCUACGAGUUGACCAGCUGCGCGGCCUGCUGGAGCAGCUGGGGGCAGACACACGCGGCACCAAGGAGGUGCUGGUGCAGCGCCUGCUGGACAUAGGCAGCGGAGAGCAGGAGCGGCAGCAGGAGCAGCAUGCGGCGGCGGUGUCGCGGGCGGGAGCGGCCAUGAAGGAGGGGGUGGUCAGCCGACGACAGAUUGCAGCGCAGGCAGUGGUGGCGGAGCGGCUGGCAGCGGCGGCGGAGCGGGGCGGGUAUGGCGUGCCAGAGGCCAGCCUGCGGGAGAGCCACCGCCAGAUGGUGCAGCAGUCGGGGUAUGCCCAGAUCUUUCGGCCGCAGGAGGUGGCCGACAUCCUGGCAGAGGCGCGCGCCGAUGACGUGGCCAUCAUCGAUGUGCGCGGGCGCUGCGCCUUCACAGACUACAUGGUGCUAGCCACGGCGCGCAGCCAGCGGCUGGUGCGCAUGCUGGCGGCGGCGGUGCUGCACCAGCUCAAGGCGCGGGCGCGGGAGGUGGCGCCCGGGGUGGCCCCCACCGUCGAGGGCGCACUGGACGACUCGGAGUGGCUGGUGGUGGAUGCCGGCAGCGUGGUGGCCCACGUGUUUCUGGAGGGCUACCGGGAGGAGUAUGCUCUGGAGGAGCUGUGGGCGCCAGACGGCUCCAACAUACAGCGGGUGGCGCCCAAGCAAACCGUGCACACGCUGGACAGCCUGCAAUGA